AUGAAUAAUAAUACUAUCUAUCAAAUCUAUUGUUGGACUAUUGGUGCUAGUGGCCGUACAGCAGCAGCAACAGUAGCAGCAGAAGCAGAAUCAACAAUAACAACAACACAUUAA